UGACUAUAAACAUAUUCAGGGUCAUUCUAACCAAACAGCCAUAGACGGACGUUUCCAUCUAAUUUCAUAUUCACAAAUACGUAAAAGUCACUCACGAACAACAACAAUGGAAACUCAACACCAGGCGCCACAAUAUUUUUCCCCCCCUUUGAAAGGGGUCCCGUACAUUAUUUAAAUUUGACUGCCUCUCUUCCUGUUGUUCUAGAAACGACAUGAGCAGCUCUUUCAGAAUAUACAGCAACUGCCUCCCCCUGAGCGGCGCCAAGCUUAGGAGAUUUACGGUAAAGGCGUGUUUCCUGGGAGGUCAGUACAGAAAGCCAGGCUCAACGGCAGUUUCUGGGGAGAGCAGCUUUCUGCCCAUUGCAGCAGUUUGCUUUUUCUUUGGGAGAUGUUCACAUUUGAAAAGGCUCAAUUGGGAUAUUUGUCAGCCUCUCCUGUACCUCUGGGGUUUGCUGCAGAUGACAGCCGGCAAGGAUAGAACGAGCUGGUUAUCUCGGGACCAUGGAAAACACGGAAUCGAGGCUCCAGAAUGCCCCUUAUUUUCGAUGUGAGAAGGGGAACAGUUCUGUCCCCGUGUGCCAGAAGUGUGAGACGUGUGUCCUGGCCUGGAAGAUCUUCUCCACCGAAGAGUGGUUCCGAAGGGUGGGCAAGAUGUCCCAGAGGAGGUUUCUGGUCAGCAUCCUGCAGCAGCUGGAUAGCUUGUAUUUGUUACACUAUUUUCAAAAUAUCCUUCAGACCACGCAGGGGAAGGAUUUUGUCUACCACAGGUCCCGGGUCAACCUCAGCAAGAAGGAGGGGAAAAUCGUCAAGUCCCCCUUGAACCAAAUGCUGGACAAGACGGUGGAACAGAAGAUGAGGGAGAUUUUGUACUGGUUUGGGAACAGCAGCUACCGGACGAAGGCGAAUUACACACUCUUGCUGCUGCAGAUGUGCGACCCCGAGUUACUGCUCACUGCUGUUGACGUCAUCAGAGUCCUGUUUCUGAGAGGGCGGAACGAUGCCUCAGGGAACGACCCAGACUCCAAGGAUGUGUUUUUCGUCCCUGAGAAAGGCCACACGCCCCCGUGCGAGACCUCACAAGUCUGCUGGGCAGCCAGACCCGGGCACACAUCCUUCCCGUUGUCCAAAACUACAGGGAAAGCAAGCUUGCACGAAAAUGUGUGGUGGGGAGCAGCCACUACUGAAGGACAGUGGAAGAGUUCACUCCGGUAUAUUUCCGAGAUGAAUAGGCUGUCUUCUGAAAAAGCAAGCGUGUCCGAAGCAGGCUCGGCCCCUGCCGCCGAUGUGCUGGUGGAUCUGGAGGCCGUCAGAGAGCUGUCUUCUGGGGUCAGCAGAUACCGCGACUUCAUCCGUCACCUGCCGGUCCACCUCGCCAAGUAUAUCCUCAGUACGCGGGGCCUGUUGGGGGAUUUCUCAGGACCCCGCCCGCCACCAUCGCAGCGCAGUUGGGAGGUGCCCAGGUCCACCUCUUGUUUUCCAGGUAUGCUGGAUAAGAACAGCCUGAACAGGUGUGUGUUCGUGAACCAGCACUGGGCAGUGCUAGCGCAGCAGGUCAAGACCGACCUGUCCAUGCACUCUUUCAUCCAGCACCAGAUCACCUUCCUGCAGGGGUCCUACACCAGGGGAAUAGACCCUAAUUACGCCAGCAAGGUCACUAUCCCAGUUCCUAAGAUGGCAGAUGACGGGAAGCACCUAUGUGUGAAAAAUCAGAAACGGAAACUGAGAACGAAGAAUGACUACGACCUGUGGACCGCAUACCAGAACCAGGAAACUCAGCAGGUGCAGAUGGAGGAGAGGAAUGUCUUCUGUGGCACUUAUAACAUCCGCAUUCUCUCUGACAUGUGGGACCGAAACAGAGUCAUCCACUAUUCUGGGGGAGAUUUGUUAGCUGUGUCAUCCAAUCGGAAGAUCCAGCUUCUGGACAUCAUACAAAUAAAGCAGAUACCCAUCAAGUUCCGAGGCCACACUGGGAGUGUCCGUACCCUCUUCUUGUGUGAGGAGGAAAACUUUCUCCUGAGCGGGAGUUAUGACCUGAGUAUCAGAUACUGGGAUCUGGACAGUGGGGCUUGCGUACGCAUCUUCAGUGGCCACCAGGGGACCAUCACUUGCAUGGAUGUGUGUAAGAACAAGCUCGCGUCUGGAGCAAAAGAUUGCCAGGUAAAAGAGUGGGAUAUAGAGACAGGAAAGUGUCUGAAGACCUUUAAACACAAAGACCCCAUCCUGGCCACCAGGAUCAGUGACACGUACAUUGUGAGCAGCUGUGAGAAAGGGCUGGUCAAAGUAUGGCACGUCGUCACCGCCCAGCUGGUGAAGACGCUCAGCGCCCAUGAGGGAGCCGUGAAGUGUCUGUGCUUCGACCAGUGGCAUCUCCUGUCGGGAAGCGCUGACGGCCUGGUGAUGGCCUGGAGCAUGGUGGGAAAGUACGAGCGGUGCCUCAUGGCCUUCAGGCAUCCAAAGGAGGUUCUCCACGUGGCCCUUCUCUUCCUCCGGGUCAUCAGUGCCUGUGCAGAUGGCAAGAUCCGCAUUUACAAUUUCCUAAAUGGGAACUGUCUGAAGGUGAUGAAAGCCAGCGGCAGAGGUUAUCCUGUGCUGUCCUUCUUUAUUCAGGGCAACAGGAUGGUGAUCAACACGGAGAGCAACGUCCUCAUGUUCCAGUUUGAGAAUAUCAAGUGGCAGUACUCCCUGGAACGGGCCAAACAAAAGAAGAAGGACAAAGAGGAGGACAGGGAAGCAAACGGCCUCGCAGAAGUUCUCUCCAAGUCGAGCACUCAGAUUUACAGCCCUCGGGAAUCCAUAUCUAGCAAACAGACGGCCCAGGAGUCCCUGUUCAGCAAAUCUCACAGGUCCCGAGUUCUCCUGAGGGCAUCCAGGUUACCUACAGGAGUGUUAACGGAGGCACCUCUGAGUCAAGGAAAGCCAAAGUCACCCCGAAGAGAUGGCAGGAAGAGACUGAGUUCUAGGGAAGCAAAUGGCACGGGCACCGAGCAAGAGAAUUUGGAAGCAAAACCCCUCGCCGGAGAUAAGAAGAACGAUGAUGUGGAGAAAAUACCAGAACAAGGACAACUGGGAACUUUGGGAGACUUGAUCAAUUGCUCAAAGAAAAAGUCCUGGUGCAUCCGUAUGUCACCUGACCAGUUCCUCCUGACUGUGAAUGCCCUGCAGAGAGCCCAUAAUUCUGGGGAGUUUGCCUAUCCCCGGAGGCCCCAAACCCAGGUCAUCGAUGCCUGGGGACCUUCCAUUUCAUACCCAAGGAAGGUCCUGAGUUUGAAGGGACGAUCGGUCCAACAUGCAGUAGAUCGGUUGAGAUUGAGCAACCCUCCCAUAGACGUGAAACAAACCAGUAUUCCCCUUGAAAUCCAGAAGCUUCAGCCUAACCUGAAGAACUCCGUGCACAGCCCCAGAGUCCAGUCUACCAUCCCCCAGCCGGUGCUUAUCUGCCCCAGGUUCUCUGGCAGCUUAAGGGGUGAAGACCCGGCAACCAGUUCAGCUGAUGGGGCAGCGCGCAGCUUCAGCCCCUUAACCAGCACACAGGUCAUCAAACGAAACCACAUUCUGGCUCCGCCGAUGGGCACGACGGCCCAGGCUGCCAAGAAAGAUCGGUCCCGCUUCUACACGGCCCUCGACCCCUUCAGAGUGAACACGGAGUUCAUGCUGCUGACCGUGAAGGAGGAGAAGGAGUACGAAGAGGCCAAGAUGAAGGAGUUUCAGGCCAUAAAGCCAGCUGGAGGGGUUGAUCCAGAAAAAGCCAGCAGAGCUGCAUGGAUCAGGAAGAUCAAAGGGCUGCCCAUAGAUAAUUUCAUGAAGCAAGGAAAAACAGCAGCCCCUGAACUUGGACAAAACGUAUUUAUCUGAACCAGCCUUGGGAAAUUACAGCGUCUUAUAAUAAACAAAAAACCA